AUUCUCUACUUUGGAGGCUCUUUCUUUUCCUUUUGUCGAUAAAGAUGAGAAAAAAGUGGAUAUUGGAAGAUUUUCAUUUUAUCUUUUUUGGUGUGCUCUGUCUCCUUUUCAUAGAUGGAGGUAAACUAGAACAAGUAAAACAUUCAGAUACAUACUGUGUGUUUCAAGAUAAGAAGUAUCGUGUAGGAGAAAGAUGGCAUCCUUAUCUAGAACCCUAUGGCCUUGUUUACUGCGUUAAUUGUCUUUGCUCAGAGAAUGGAAAUGUACUAUGCAGCAGAAUAAGAUGCCCAAGUCUACACUGUCCUUCCCCUGUGCAUGUACCACAGCUGUGCUGCCCACGAUGCCCAGAAGACUCCCUUUUCUCAGUAAGCAGCAAAAUCACCGGGAAAUCCUGUGAAUACAAUGGCACCACUUACCAUCAUGGUGAAAUGUUUGUGGCAGAGGGGCUUUUCCAAAACAGGCAAGCAAACCAGUGUGCCCAGUGCAGCUGCUCAGAAGGAAAUGUGUACUGUGGGUUGAAGACUUGUCCCAAAUUAACUUGCUCUUUCCCAGUUUCUGUUCCGGAGUCCUGCUGUCCAGUUUGCAGAGGAGAUGGAGAAUUAUCAUGGGAACAUUCUGACGGAGAUAUCUUCCGGCAGCCAGCCAACAGGGAAGCCAGACACUCAUACCAUCGCUCCCACUACGACCUGUCACCCAGCUCUGCAAGGCAGGUAGUCAACAUUCCACGAUUUCCCAAUGCCAGGAGUAACCGUGGAGUCCUACCGGAUCCCCAGCAAGCUUCAGGAACAAUAGUACAAAUCGUCAUCAACAACAAGCAUAAGCAUGGACGAGUUUGUGUUUCAAAUGGCAAAACAUACUCACAUGGUGAAUCUUGGCAUCCUAAUCUCCGGGCCUUUGGAGUCGUAGAGUGUGUGUUGUGCACCUGCAACAUCACCAAACAAGAAUGUAAGAAAAUUCAUUGUCCAGAACAAUAUCCCUGCAAAUACCCUCAGAAAGUAGAAGGAAAAUGCUGUAAAGUCUGUCCAGGUAAACCAAAGCGGGAGGUGUUGCCAAGUCAAACCUUUGACAACAAAGAUUACUUCUGUGGGAAAGAGACAUUUCCCGUCUAUGAAUCCGUUUUCACAGAGGAAGGAGAAACCAUCAGAAAAAUUGCAGUAGAGACUGAAAAGCCACCUCAAAUAGAAAUACAUGUGUGGACAAUUAGAAAAGGGAUUCUGCGUCACUUCUAUGUUGAAAAAGUGUCCAAGAAAGAAUUUGAAGAACUUCCUUACUUCAAGCAGAUAACAAGGACAACCCCUAGCCAGUGGAAAAUAUUUAGCGAGGGAGAAGCUCAGAUCAGCCAAAUGUGUGAAAGCAGAGUGUGCAGGACUGAGCUCGAGGAUUUGGUAAAGGUUUUGUACCUUGAAAAAUCUGAAAAGGGUCACUGUUAAGGGAGACAGCACUGGAGGGAGAAACACAAGAAAACUUAUGAAAACUUGGAUCUGCAGCUGGACUGCAGGCUUAUUUUGCUUAAGUCAACAGUUGCCCUAAAAACCAAAACUAUAAUGCAGUAAUUAUUCACAUCAUGCACAGCAAAUUUGCUGCUUUAUGUGUAGUGGUCUGUGUCAACCGUUCAAAUAUCUCCUCCAAAAGACUAGGAGGCUCUGUAUUACUGGUGGGGGAAGGAGAAAGAGAGACUGUACUUUCCCAGAGUUGCAUUUCUUUACAAGUUAAAAAGAGAAAACAGAACAUUUUUAUUAUUAUUAUUUGGCAAGUUAUUCAAACUAAUGAAAAGAAGAACACCUAAUAAAUGUGCAGGAGCUAUGGAGAGCAUUAUUUCCUGUGCUGAAUUUAUACCAUUUCUGGUGUUGAAAUGAGUCAUGGAUUUUUUUUAAUAGUGGAGGAAAAAUACAAGUGAUACAAUACUUGUGUUGGAGACAUAAAAAACAGAUUUAAACUAACAAACUCCUAAGCAGCCUGCCUUUGGGAUGAUGUCUUGUAGUUGAGCAAACUGAGUCCAUAAACUGAACAGCAGGUGUUAGUGGCAAUCACUGUAUUUUUGUAGCAAUUUGAGAAAAUGUUCGCUUUUAAGUGGUUUUCACUGUUUCCUCCACCCAGUUCUCUAAAACAUGUGAAGUGUUAGCUCCCUAUCACAGCCCUAAUAACUUCAUUCUUCUGGGCCCUAUUAACACAUGGUCUUGGCUGAUAAACUGCCUUCUAAAGUGACGUGGCAGAAAGUGGUGAAGUACUUGCGGUACUUUUGAAACACCUAGAGGGUGAAACCUCCUGAUUAAUAACUCUUUAAGAGUUGCAACACUGCUUAAUUUAUUUGUUCUGAUUUGUUACAAACCUAAUCAUCUUCUGCAUUUUUCUGAGGGUGACCUCUCAAUUCUCACGCUUCAAGGACAGCUCUCUCCCAUGACAAACACCAAACAGCUACAGCAGGCCUUUAGAACACAGCAGCUCUCUGAAAACUGUUAUCUUUGUGAAAAGCAAAUCUGAGAGAUUCUGUUAAAUUUAGUAUAGCAUGUCUGCAGUGUGUUUAAGAAAG